AGCUCCUAGGUCCCUGUCCUGUGGAAAUUUGGGGCCCCUGGGCACCCUCUCUUGCUCCCAAAUUUUAAUUGGCUCCUGGAAACCUCACCCCAAAUUAGAGAUGGGCACCUCUCUUGUAGAACAAAAGGCUCAGGUCCGGGGAGUAAGGGCCUGAACUGUGCCCCCACCCUCCAAGAAGGGCCCCUUGCAGCCUGGCUGCAGGGAUCAGUCACGUGUGGCCCUUCAUUAGGCCCUGCCAUAUAAGCCGAGGGCCCUGGGUGGCCGGGAACUCUCUAGGGAAGAAUCCAGGAGGCAGAGGCCAUGCUGACUGCAGCGAUGCUGAGCUGUGCCCUGCUGCUGGCACUGCCUGCCAUGCAGGGAGCCCAAAUGGGCUUGGCCCCCCUGGAGGGCAUCAGAAGUCCUGACCAGGCCCUGUUCCCAGAGCUCCCAGGCCUGGGCCUGCAGGCUCCACUGAAGAAGACAACUGCAGAACAGGCAGAAGAGGAUCUGCUGCAGGAGGCUGAGGCCUUGGCAGAGGUACAAGACCUGCAAGACCGCGAGCCCCGCUCCCCACGCCGCUGCGUAAAGCUGCAGGAGUCCUGCCUGGGACAGCAGGUGCCUUGCUGUGACCCAUGUGCCACGUGCUACUGCCGCUUCUUCAAUGCCUUCUGCUACUGUCGCAAGCUGGCUACUGCCACGAACUCCUGCAGCCGCACCUAGCUGGUCAACUUCAGGGUCGGAGCCAGGGUAGGGGCAAGGAAACGCAAAUAAAGAAUGGGACCAAC